CAAUCUGUUCUUCAGAACCAGACUGCUUAGGUCCAGAAUCCAGAUUUAUCUCAGGAUUUCCAUAACAAGACACGCGCGCCGGCCGCGGGACUGCUGUCCUCGCUUGGGAGCGCGCCUCAUGUCGGGAGCGCGCGCAGCAGAUCCAAGGACAGAUCGGCGGGCGCGCGAGCAUCAGGUCACCUGUCCUCCAUCAUCACGAACCUGAACAGAACCAGGAGAACCCGACCCGCGCUGUCCUGCAGAGAGGAGCCGGUACCGACCCGGGAUUAAAUUGCGGGGUCGGUGCUGAUGGAUACGUGCUGAAGCAACAGGACGAGGCGGCACCGCGUCCGUGUCAGUGGGUCCCGCUCCGAACACACACUGACAAAACCAAGCCCACUUACCUCUGCCAUCACAAAACCGACCGGGACCAGAACCUCCGACUCACUGAGCACCUUAGCCGUUCAGGAAAACCUGUCAGAACUGGAUCAGAACCGAAUCAGAGCGUGACCCGGCUGAUCCAGACAAGAGGAAUACAAACCAGACGGUGGAUCAACAGGAGAGCCAGAACUAGGAGCUAUAGCGGAACCAGGACCAGGACUUGUAGCUGAAGCUGUAUCAACUGGGAGACGCUCCGCUCGGCUUCGUAGAGACCGCUUCUCUGUAGGGAACUUCUCUGGGACAGUUUGCUUCACAGGCCUCAGAGAGAAAUGGAGAUGCGCAGCGUGCUGCUGCUUGCCGUUCUGCACUGCUGCUCGGUGGCGCUGUGCGGCUGCGAACCUCGGCUGGUCAAUGUGGGCGCUGUCCUGAGUCAGAAACGCUACGAGCAGGUGUUCAAGGAGGCGGUGAGUCAGGCCAACGCUCUGUACGGCAAGGACAAGUUCAAGAUGAAUGCCAUCUCUGUCACGCACAAGCCUAACGCCAUCCAGAUGGCCCUGUCCGUCUGUGAGGACCUCAUCUCCAACCAGGUGUAUGCCAUCCUGGUCAGCCAUCCACCGCAGUCCAACGACCACCUGACGCCGACGCCGGUCUCCUACACAGCCGGCUUCUACCGGAUCCCUGUGGUCGGGCUGACCACGCGCAUGUCCAUCUACUCUGACAAGAGCAUCCACCUGUCAUUCCUGAGGACGGUGCCUCCAUACUCCCACCAGGCCCAGGUGUGGUUUGACCUGAUGAGGGAGUUCAGGUGGAACCACAUCAUCCUGAUAGUCAGUGAUGACCACGAGGGCCGAGCCGCCCAGAAGAAGCUGGAGACACUGCUGGAGGAGCGUGAGACCAAGACUAAAAACAGGAACUAUGAAAACCUCGACCAACAGAACUUUGACUUCAGGAGAACACCCAAGGCGGAGAAGGUGCUGCUGUUCAGCCAGGAUACCAACCUAACGGCGCUGCUGCUGGAGGCUAAGGACCUGGAGGCUCGAGUCAUCAUCUUGUCAGCCAGUGAGGAUGAAGCUGCUGCUGUGUACAAAGCAGCCCGGCAGCUCAACAUGACUGGUUCCGGUUACGUGUGGCUGGUCGGAGAGCGGGAGAUGAGUGGGAAAGCUCUGAGCGAAGCUCCUGAUGGCCUGCUGGGCCUCCAGCUGAUCAACGGCAAAAACGAGUCGGCCCACAUCGCCGACGCGGUGGGCGUGGUGGCGCAGUCCCUGCAGGAGCUGUUUGAGAAGGAGAACAUCACGGAGCCUCCACGAGGCUGUGUAGGGAACACCAACAUCUGGAGGACCGGGCCACUCUUUAAACGGGUGCUGAUGUCAUCAAAGUACCCGGACGGCCUGACGGGACGGAUUGAGUUUAACGACGAUGGUGACCGCCGCUUUGCUACCUACAGCAUCCUGAACCAGCAAAAAACAGGUCGAGUCGUCCAGGUUGGAGUCUUCAACGGAACGCAGGUUGUGAUGAAUCCUCAAAGGAAGAUCAUCUGGCCUGGAGGAGAGACAGAGAAACCAGUUGGAUACCAGAUGUCCACCAGGCUGAAGAUUGUGACCAUUCAUCAGGAGCCAUUUGUUUACGUGAAGCCGACGAAGAGCGACGGGAUGUGUAAAGAAGAGUACACCGUUAACGGAGUUCUGAUCAAGAAGGUGAUCUGUACUGGACCCAACGGGACCAUUCCAGGUCAGCCCAUUGUCCCUCAGUGCUGCUACGGUUUCUGCAUCGACCUGCUCAUCAAGUUGGCCAUGAGCAUGAACUUCACCUACGAGGUCCACCUGGUGGCUGAUGGCAAGUUUGGCACGCAGGAGCGAGUGAACAACAGCAACAAGAAGGAGUGGAACGGGAUGAUGGGGGAGCUGCUGGGAGGCCUGGCCGACAUGAUCGUGGCUCCACUCACCAUCAACAACGAACGCGCUCAGUACAUUGAGUUCUCCAAACCCUUCAAGUACCAGGGCCUCACCAUCCUCGUCAAGAAGGAAAUCCCUCGCAGCACUCUGGACUCGUUCAUGCAGCCGUUCCAGAGCACACUGUGGCUGUUAGUCGGUCUGUCGGUCCAUGUGGUGGCAGUGAUGCUUUACCUAUUAGACCGGUUCAGCCCGUUCGGAAGGUUUAAAGUGAACAGUGAAGAGGAAGAAGAAGAUGCCCUCACCCUGUCCUCCGCUAUGUGGUUCUCGUGGGGAGUUCUGCUGAACUCUGGGAUCGGAGAAGGAGCUCCGCGGAGCUUCUCCGCCAGGAUCCUGGGGAUGGUGUGGGCGGGAUUUGCUAUGAUCAUUGUAGCAUCGUACACUGCCAACCUGGCAGCCUUCCUGGUGCUGGACCGGCCUGAGGAGCGCAUCACUGGCAUCAACGACCCCAGGCUGCGUAACCCAUCAGAUAAAUUCAUCUACGCCACAGUGAAGCAGAGCUCAGUGGACAUCUACUUCAGACGGCAGGUGGAGCUGAGCACCAUGUACCGGCACAUGGAGAAGCACAACUACGAGAGCGCCGCCGAAGCCAUCCAGGCCGUCCGAGACAACAAGCUCCAUGCCUUCAUCUGGGACAGCGCUGUGUUGGAGUUUGAGGCGUCGCAGAAGUGCGAUCUGGUGACGACAGGAGAGCUGUUCUUCCGCUCUGGGUUCGGGAUCGGAAUGAGGAAAGACAGUCCGUGGAAGCAGAAUGUCUCUCUGGCGAUUCUCAGUUCUCAUGAGAACGGCUUCAUGGAGGAUCUAGACAAGACAUGGGUUCGAUACCAGGAGUGUGACUCCAGAAGCAAUGCUCCUGCCACCCUCACCUUCGAGAACAUGGCAGGUGUGUUCAUGCUGGUUGCUGGCGGCAUCGUCGCAGGGAUCUUCCUCAUCUUCAUCGAGAUCGCCUACAAACGGCACAAAGACGCCCGCAGGAAACAGAUGCAGCUGGCGUUUGCAGCUGUGAACGUGUGGAGGAAGAACCUGCAGGAUAGGAAAAGUGGUAGAGCAGUGCCCGAGCCCCAAACCUCUUUUAGGUCCAUCACCUCGACCUCCGACCUCAAACACCGUAUGGCCCCUGGGGAUGCCACGCCAUACCCGACGGACAUCACCGGCCAGCUGAACCUAUCAGAUCCCUCCGUCAGCACCGUGGUGUGAGAGAGCCGCAGAGGGCCAGUGGGCUUCACCAUUGCUGCUGCUGUGCCACACACACACACAUAUAUAUAUAUACAUAUAUAUAUGUAUGUUUGUCUGUGUGUGUAAAUGUCCCCUCAUCCUGAUGCACUCCCAUUAAGGUUUAACUAUGAUUUGCAAAGUCAUAGCAAUACAUCCACAUACACACAUUUCUCUCUCUCUCUCUCUCUCUCUCUCUCUCUCUCUCUCUCUCUCCUCUCUCUGUCUCUCUCUCUCUCUCUCUCUCUCUCUCUCUGUCUCUCUCUCUCUGUCUCUCU